AUGGGCACAAAUUAUAUUGAAUCCCAAGAAAAUCCUUAUCAAGAGUCUCCUGGAAAAAGAGUAAAGAUCCCUUAUAAUUGGGAAAAAGAACCUAACUGCGACUCAAGAUCAGAACUUCUAAAUAACCGUAAAAGAGAAAAUCAGCAAAGCAAUAUUACAUAUGAAUGGUAUCAUGAAAAGACUUCUAAAGGACAAGAUAAUUUAUACAAACAAUCAGGAUUUAACGAAGAGCAAAGGAAUAAUAAAAACUUAGUUGACUCGAUAAAUAAUAUUAUCAAAUGAAGAACUGAUGGCUCCGACACUAAUCGUUCACACAGAAUAAUUAUAAAAAAAUCCGAAAAAUUACUUACAACAGAUGAUAUCAGCCCUCUAAGAUACUCAGAGUCUCAAGCAAACACUUCUUUAUCUGAUAUCAAAACGAAAUCUCAGUUAACUGAAAUGAGAAGAAAUGAGAUAAAAGAAGCAGGGAUUAAAAUUGGGAAAAAAUGAGAAGAAAAAACAAAGCAAUACUUAUUUUUUAAACGUGAUAAUCCACCAAAGCAGGAGUUAGAAAAAUCAGCUUCGUAUUUGGAAUAUAAUAAGACGCCAAAGUAUAGAACGGGUGCAGGUCUAAUGAUAGUGCCUUUAUGAUAGUGUGUAUUUUGACCGAAAGAAGUUAAAUUUCGACCAAAUGUCACAAUUUUUAAAAAUUUUCGAACAAAUUUAUUUCGAUGAAAGUACCCUGUUAACAAUUCACUACCAUUUGGCAUGGAGCCGUAUAGAACAUCCAGUGAACUUGUUGAGGCUCGAAAAGAAACAAUGGUAACUAUCAUAUAGCUCGGAAAUUUAAUUUCUUCCUCAAACUAUACGCAUAAAGAUGCUUCUAAACGGCUUAAAGAAAGAGAAGCUCAAUCGCACAACCGAAUUGAUGUAUUAUCUUGAAAAGAAAAAGUUGAGCAAAGAAAAAAUGAAGAUAUGAGUAUGCUUAUUUAUUUUAAAUAAGCUGAUCAAAAUAAUGCUAUAAUGUUUAGUAUAUUUAAUUAAAAUAGUAUAAAUUGCAAGAAGUAUUUGGAAGCGAUUCAAAUGGAAUUCGAAGAAAAGAACUCCCCAAAUUCUUAAAUAAUAAUAGAGAAUACUGAAAAAAUGAAGAAAAUGAGAGAAACAGAGAAAAUUCAAGAAAAACCUUAUGACAAAAAAGAAAACUUGGGUAUUUAUUAUACAGCGGAAAGCCUGAAUCUUUAAUAAUUGAUGAAUCUAUUCCAGUUUCUCCUAUGUUUGACUCAUCAAAACCUCACUGAAAAAUUGAAGAAACCCCAGAAAAAAUUGCAGAAAAACCAACAAGAAUUCGCCAUGACAGUUAUUCUCCUGAAUCCCUCAAAAAUCAUCAUAAAUCCUCAUGAUCAAAAUAUCUUUUACAGUUUUCAGGCCAAAAUUCCAAGAGCGAGUAUCAGAUAACUUCAGCUAUAAACUCUCAAUCGCCUGUGAAAAAAAUUAGAAAGCAAUGGCAUACCCCAAAAAAGCAAGAAAGCUAUUCAAUGCUAAAUCGGCUGAUAAAUAAAGGCAAUCAUUUAACUCCCCCCCUCCGUGAGUGAACAAAAAAAUUUUUUAUGGAAAAAAAUUUUGAUAUAUAAAUGAUAAUUAGUAUAAUGAAAUCUAGAGCUAAUUCUGUUUAAUUUUAAACGAAUUGCUUUUUAAAACAUAAAUUUUAUAAAUUAAAUUAAUAUUUGCUUUCCAAUUUUUGCGAAUUAGGAAUUUUUUUUAAAUUUCGAAAACAAAUUUUUUUAUGAAAAUUUAUAUUUUAAAAAAAAAAAUUAACCCCCUCUCCGUGAGUGAACAAAAUUUUUUUGUUCACUGACGGAGGGGGGGGGAGUAAGUGCAAGCCCAGCGAAGAGAGCGAUGCUAUCUACAGGUUUCGGUACAGUGAAUUAA